AUGAACCUUUUUUUUACGCAUUUUUUACUUUUCCUUUUUUGUAACACAUACUUAAUUAGGGGGGUGAAUUUAAAAAGAAAAUGUGUAUCUUUAUUCUUAAAUUGCAAUUUUCAUAACGUAAGUAAAAAUAAAAAUCACAUUCCUUUGUUUUCCUAUAAGAAAAAGGUAAAAGCCAAGGAACUGAGAAAGUUGACAACUGAGGAACUUGAGAAGGAAAUCAUUAAAUGCAGAUUGGAUAUACAACAGUUCCAACAACAAGGAUUUUAUGAUAUACAUAAUUUUAACAUAUAUUACGAAAAAAACGCCAGGAGAAAAUUAGCGCAGUUACUAACCAUAUACUAUGAGAGAUACCUAGAUAACAACAUAAGAAUAAAAAAUUAG